AUGGAUCCUCUGUCUAUUACUGCCAGUGUCAUCACCGUCGUAACCCUUGCUGGGCAAUGCGCCAAAUCCUUCGCUUGUCUCCGCAACGUCUACAAAACGCUUCCCGGCAGGCUUCACGCGCUGAAUAAUGAAGUAACCGACAUCAAUGCUGUCCUGAUAGAUGUGGCGACCCUGCUGGGAGAGCGAGGGAAACACAACAUACCACUAGACGAGCAGAGCCAAAUCGCGCAUAUCGUGACUCAGUUGACUGAGAAGCUCACCGAACUCAGAAGUAUCAUCGAUGCACUGUCAACUUCCAGCAGUCGCGCGAACAUCCCCAUAGUCCAGGCCAGAGCCUGGUCUAAGGUGCAGGAAAAAUUAUCACGCCUACAGGAAGAUAUCAAGAACGCCAAAAGCCGCUUGAACGUACUCUUGGGCGCAUCAAACUCCCGCGACCUAUUACAUAUUCGAAUGCAAGUCGAGGCCAUUAGCGCCCAUACAAUUAUCUCUCCUCAAUUCGAACACGAUUUAAAAAAGGAUGUGCUUGGCAUUGUAUCUCAUCACGGAGAUGAGAUCGCAAGCUCUCUGGGCGAGAUCAAUCGGACUGUUGACGAAAGAUUAGCCAGGAUUGAAGAGAUGAUGAAAGCUCAAGGAUCUCGAUUUUACCAAGGGCAGGAGAACAGACUGGGUCCAUAUUACGGCGUUGCAGCUCAACACCGCCGCAGACAUUCCCAAGCCGAGAAAGGGAAUAACGUCCGUCAGCCUCUGCAUUCGCGUGCUGAUGCAGUAGGGAUACAAAUGAUGCGGUACUCGGCGAACUGUCGUCCGGGAUGCCCCUGUAUCUGUCACAAGCAAAAGCGUUCCUCUUCACCAGCUUUCUUGGACCGGCUAUUCGGUCAGCUCUUCAUGGGAUACAGUGGAGUGCCGGGACUGAACUCAAAAUGCGACAAUCCCACUUGUGAGGUCUCCCAAACCACGCAUGUCAGCUUAGAGUACUGGUUCCCUCUGGGGCUCUUUUGGUCUCAGAUUAUCCGUGUGCAAGCUGGCUAUCAACCAAACCUCGGACCAAAUUUCCAAAUGACAGUGAUGAGAAGGAUACCAGACAGUUCCCAAGCUAUCGAAUUUGCACUUAUCGGUAACAUUGAUGGCCUGAAACACCUCUUCAAAACCGGACAGGCGUCAACUAGGGAUGUCAGUUCCACCCGUGGAUACACACUGCUACGCUGGGCUCUGUAUGGUAAUCAGUGGCAAACCAGCAAGUUCCUCAUGCAAGCAGGUUGCGAUCCAGACUAUCAUCCAGCGAAUCCUAUCGAGUAUACUCCUAGAAACAAGGCAUUGGAUGUCAUUUUACAAGGUCAGCUCAGAAAAGAAGACGAAGAGGCCCUGCGACCUGUUGCCAUGGAUAGCGAAUGGAUCGACGACCAGAAUUACAGUCCGUUGCACAAAUCUGUACUGGGGUUGUCGAGCAUAAGCAUAGAGAACGCACUACUCCAGUGUCAGGAUGAUCUCGAAGCAGUCGACGCAAUGGGUCGAAGCGCUCUUUUUUGGGCUGCUUCGCGCGGAGAUGAUCGAACGGUCGCGAUACUCCUAGCCUCUGGAGCCGACCCAAACAACAUAGAUUAUCAGCUUGACACCCCCCUCGCAUUUGCAGCAGAUAAUGGACAUACGAAAUGCGUUCGCCUCCUCCUCGAAGCAGGCGCUGACACGGAACCCAAGAGACCUCCAGGCAUAAAAUUUAGUAACCCUCUCAAUCGCGCUUCUCGGAGCGCCACCGAUCCACUUACUCUCAAGACGUUGCUGGAUUUCGGCUCGGACAUUGAGUCCUGCGGCAUCGACGGCAGAACGCCCCUGAUACAUGUAGCUCGCAGAGAUAACGUCAGCUUUGCACUCCUGCUCCUAGAAUAUGGCGCCAACAUCAACGCCACUUCUAUCACUGGGCAGACACCUCUGACUACGGCCAUCACACACAACAGCCAUGGUGUUCUACAGUUAUUGCUCGACCGCUGGUUUGAAUACAGCCAGUGUCCUCGUCUCAGUGGUGGUCAUUUGCUUCAGGUGGUUACUGAAUAUGCCGACCUCGAGACUAUCAAGAUCCUAGUCCAGACUGACCACUUGCAUUUAAAGUAUGAUCAUAGUUACGGUUUAUAUGACUAUGAGAAGCAGUUGAAAGAUCGGAUCGGGACAGAUGAAAAGUUAGAGUCGGCUUUCAAAGAGUUAAUGACCGUCAUCAACACCGAUCCGUAUCAAAUGCAGGGGCCCGAGUCCCUAGCAGAGGCGGGGCUGCUAGCUGGUCCGCAUAGGCGUCAGACGGACCUGUCGGACCCUGGGUCAAUCUGCUCAAUCUCGAGUUCUACUUCAGAUGAAGAGUUUGUGGAGGCUCUCGAGCACCUUGAUCUCGGCGCCAUUCAGACUAACGCGAGCUCGUCGUGA